CUUUAAUUCAUUUAGAAAUAAAAACGUGAAGUAAAAAGAUGAAGAAAUUAAUAUUAAUUCUAUCAAGUUUAGUCGGAAUGAGUUUUGCAGCAUUAGAUAUUCCAGAGCAUAUGAAAGCACCACUGAAGCAAGCGCGUAAGGCAUGCAUGGGUGAAACUGGCGUGGAUCUGAAAUAUAUCGAGGAAAGUAAAAACGGCAAUCUUCCCGAUGUACCUGAACUAAGAUGUUACAUAUUAUGUCUGAUGGAGCAUCAUGGUAUAAUACAUGAUGAUGGAACUGUCGAAUUUGCAAAAAUUUAUCACUUAUUCACACCAAGCGUAAAAGAAUCGUUUCAACAAGCCACCAACGAAUGUGCAACAAAACAUGGUGAAACUCGCUGCGAUACAGCUUAUUUAACGAUAAAAUGUUUCUUUGAGCUACUGCCAGAGGGAGCUGAGUUACCUUAAGGAGUUGCCUGUUAAUUUGAAAACAACUGAAAUUUGCCUUCAAUAAUAAAUAUAAAAAAAUAUAAUAAUGAAAGCU